CAGAGAUCGGCGCUGCUCUCUCGGGAUGUCGGGACUGGCCUUCGCAGCUCUCGUUCUUUGUCUCCACAUAACGGCGGGUGAGUCUCGGCAGUUUACCAUUCUCGAGUUCAGCCAGAUAAAUGUCACCGUCAGGAGAAAUGCGUUCUUGUCGGUGCGGCCGUCGGCCGUGGUCACCAGUGGAAGCUGGAAUUUUAAUGGGAGAACAAUCGCCCAGUGGAUCGGCCAAACCGUGUCUAUUGACAACGCCUACACAUCGCGGACUGAGCUAUUCACGUCCACAGGGUCGCUUCUGCUGAAGUCGGUGAAAAUGUCUGACGGUGGGGAAUACCAUGUGAAUAUGGUUCCAACUAGUGGCUCCAUGACCUCAGCGACUAUCUCUCUGCGUAUCAUUGAGACAGUGACCGGGGUUGCCGUGGUGACAAAUAAUUCCACUCCCCUGGAAAACCUCGAUACCAUCGCACUGAGUUGCGACGCGUCGGGCACUGUUCAGACACGGACAUGGUUCAAGGACAACCAACCCAUCCAGGGAAAACGGCAGAAUAUUUACAUCUCCCGACAGGGCGAAACUGACUAUAAUCAGAGUUAA